GACCAUCAUUCUGGAGGUCAAUUUCUAAUCACUUUUUGCCCUUGUGCUAUUUUCCCAGUGGGAUCUUUUUUAGAUCCAGUUUGUUCUCUACUGCUAAAUCGUGGUGCUUUCUCUAUUUCUUCGCUCGUUCUCCCGAGCAUCUCCUAUCCAAUCUUCCGCCAUGUCCGUUUCGAUGAGAUCGGCUAGGCUUGUGCGCAACAACUCGGCCUUGCGGUCGAGUUUGGUUGCCCGGCCGCGCUUUUCCGGAGCAUUGGGCGCCUCUACCGCUGCAAACCUUCGUUUGAACGGCCGGGGUUUCCCAUCGCAGGUGUCAGCUAUCGCACUUUUGGUUUCCCAUCGUGGCUAUGCUACGGAACAAUCCACGUCUUCGUCCUCGGACAAUUUGCCACCUCCCGGAUUCAACGCAGAGCAGGCCAAGAAGCCUCUCUCGCCCGAGGCUGCGCAACGGGCAAGCGCCAACACAACUCAACAGGUCGCUACCAAAGCCGAUUCGGCAGUUGCUAAUACAAACAAUACGGGCGAGGUCGCAGUGGCCAAGUCCGCGGAGGAUGACAAAAAGGCUGGCGAGGAGAAGAAGGAGCAGAAGAAAUUGACAAUCGGGCAAAAGAUCAAGAAGGAGGUUCAACACUAUUGGGAUGGAACUAAGCUUCUUGCCACAGAGGUGAAGAUCAGCUCAAGGCUAGCAUUGAAGAUGGCCGGAGGAUACGAGCUCAGCCGCCGUGAGCACCGCCAGUUGCAAAGAACUGUAAAGGAUCUCGGUCGCCUGGUUCCUUUCUCUAUGUUCAUCAUCAUCCCUUUUGCCGAAUUGCUCCUUCCCGUUGCCCUCAAGCUUUUCCCCAACCUGCUGCCCAGCACUUACGAGGGCCAGAAAGCCCGUGAAACCAAGGCACUGAGCCUCAGCUCGACACGGAAAGAGGUUUCUGGCUUCUUGAAGGAUACCUUGAAGGAAAGUGGUCUCCCUGUGACGGCUGCGACCGUCAAGAACGAGGAAUUCGCGGAGUUUUUCAAGAAGAUCCGGACUACGGGAGAAACGCCCUCGACCGAGGAUGUCAUCAAGGUCUGCAAGAUCUUCAAGGAUGAUUUGACUCUGGACAACUUGUCUCGUCCUCAGCUUGUCGGUAUUUGCAAGUACAUGAACCUCAACUCUUUCGGAACCGACGCCAUGCUUCGAUACAACAUCCGACACCGUAUGCGCCAGAUCAAGCGCGAUGACCGCGCCAUCUUCUACGAGGGAGUGGAGUCACUUUCGGUUCCCGAGCUGCAAAUGGCCUGCGCCUCCCGUGGUAUUCGUACCCACGGUGUUUCUCCCGCCCGCCUCCGCGAGGAUAUCUCGAUGUGGCUGGACCUCCGUCUCAAGCAGGGCGUCCCGUCCACGCUCCUGGUUCUCAGCAACGCCUACGUCUAUGCUCAGGGUGGCAAAGAGGCGGAAAUGUCGUCUCAGAUUGACUCUCUGCAGUCUGUCCUCUCCAGUAUUCCUGAGGAGCUGUUCCACGAAAUUGAGCUAGAGGUGCACAAUGCCGAGGGUGCCGCCACGAACAAGCAGCGUCUCGAGGUCAUCAAGGAACAGCAAGAGCUCAUCGAAGAAGAAAACGAGCAAAACAGCGAGAACGAAGAGAAGGGUAUGUCCGCACCUAAAGACAUCGAGGACAUCGAUGACAAGGAGGACACCAAGUUCGAGGCCAAGUACGAGAAGCAAUCCGAUGAGGCGGUUGAGGCUGUCAAGGAGAGUGAGUUGGCUGAGGCUUCGCAAGCCAAAGAGACCUCGGCACCGACCGAAAAGAAGGAGACGCCUUCUCAGUAAUUCAUUUGUUUCCUGGCGCCUUGUUUUUGAUAUAGACUUUCUCCCCCCCCCCCUUUCUCCCUUCUUGGCUUGUCUUAGUGUUGAUACGAUAGAUUCCUUUUUAACUCUUCCCAAGCCGAUUGCGGCUACUGGCUACCUACUCGGUUGAUGAUUACCUGUUGUUUAC